AUGAGAUCCGCGGUGCUGGUUUUUCUGGGCAUCUGCUUGGCUUGGCAAAUGUUGGAGGCUCAGUUAAUUUACAAGCUCACCAAAGUUGAGUGCCUAGUCAAUAAGACUCGGGUUAGUAACGUCACAUGCCAUGUUAAGCCGAUCAAUUGGAAUAUGGCUGUGGUAAACGUGGAUGCCUCCUUGCUUAUGCCUGUACUAAAUCCAAUUUUUCGGGCGCAGUUUUUUAAGAAGGACUACAGUAACCAGUACAAGCCAUUCCUAGUUGACGUUACCAUUAAUAUGUGCGAGGUGAUUGAAAAAAGGAACUAUAUACCUUAUGGCGUCAUCGCGUGGAAGUUGUUAAAGCGGUUCACUAAUGUUAACCACUCCUGCCCUUUUACGGGCCAGAUAACGUGCCGCGACGGAUAUUUGGAUACCAGUCUUAUUCCGCCGCUUCCCCAUGGAUUCUACCAACUCAGUUUAUUAAUUAUGGAUUUGAAUUCUACCGAUAUGAACUAUGUAGCCAACAUUAAGUACUUCAUGCAAGCCAUGGAUCGGAUUAAAAGCAGAAAAGUUCCCAGAACAUAA